AUGCCACCCGUCGUCGUAACAAACACCCUCGCACGCGUCCCCGAGGUCUUCCAUCGUCUCCCAUCGUCGCUCGCUCUGUCGUCGGUCCAUCGUCACUCAUCGUCGGUCCAUCGUCACUCAUCGUCGCCCAUCCCCGCCGGUUCCUCUCUUGACUUUGACGCGCGACGUUCGCGGAGCGUGGGAAAGGUCACGACUGGCGCGCGCGCGCGCGGCCUUGCGGCUGUGCCGGAACUCUCGGAUCCGCCGGAUAAUCUUGUGGACUUUAGACGCGCGCUUGGCAAGCUGUCAAACGGGUUUCGUAUUGUGUAUUCGAAAUCUGUGAUGCGCGUCAGGAAUAUGGGCCUCUGCCAAGAACAUAUGGUGGCUAACUACAAGAGUUGUGACGAACUCUGUCAUCUAUUCCAAGGCCAGGGAGGGCCGGUAUUUAUAGUUUACAGGAAGCGUGACAGAUGUGACGUUUACUACAUAAAUAUGGAAGGUGUGACGGAUAAGAUAAGAUAA